AUGAAGCUGUCUCUGAAUUUGCUCUCCUCUUUGGUGCUUUCUCAAGUUGCGUCGUCAUUGAGUAUUCAGAAUGAACAUAUAAAUCAAGAAAUGGAAAGGCCGCCUCAAGAUAUGACGUGGGAAGAAUGGCAUAUGAAGCAUGAACAUCAACUGGACUCGUACACUCCAGACCUUUUCUUCUCCCUACAUGAUUUGAAUAAGAAAGGUUACAUGGAUAGAAACGAUAUUUUGUCAUUGUACGGUCUAAAUAGGGACGAAGUAAUUGGUGCCGGGGACGGUAUGGGUACACACGACGAUAGUGAGAUGAUCGAUGAAUUAUUGGCUAAUCGUGUCGUUGAUUUCAUAAUGCAAUUACUGGAUGUUGACGAUGAUUCCAAAAUCUGGAAAUCUGAAUAUAUAGAUUUUGCCACUAGGGGUAGCAAAUUUCCUGAUUUAGGUGUUGGUGUGGGCCACCACAGCGAUUUUGAAAUCGAAUACGAAAUUCAUCAUUGGAACAAGUAUCAUAAAGAUAAGGACCCCGAUGUCAAAAUUGUUCAUAAGGAAGAUAUAGAGCAUGAAUUAUUGCACCACGAACAUGAAGUGAAACAUGAAGAGAAAAUUCAAAGAGGUGCAUCCAGAGGAACCGUAAUCACUGACGAUGAAUUAGAAUCCAGAAUUAAACUUGCGAAUAUACCACAAAAAUACAAGAACGGUUAUUUUUAA